AUGAGAAGUAGGGCCAACUGCAGCUGGAUUGGGCCUGAGAUCCCUCUGUCAUCACAAAUUUUUACUGCCAUUAAAAAUGAGCUGUGGCUCUUCCUCAUCCCAGCCGGCCUGGCUGUCAUUUUACUUGGGGUGUUUCUGGAAGAGGUGGGCUUCUUCUUGCGCAAUAUUUCCUCAUUCAGACGUCAAUUUCUCUACCUUUGGAUAUUAGGAAUGUAUCCGGUGUUUGCCUUCACAUCUCUGAUAGCACUGUAUGUGCCCCGUUCCUCUUCUCUGUGUAAUUUCAUUGCUUCUCUGUAUCACUCUAUCACCUUGUUGAAAUUCAUGGGACUGAUCACAGACUUUUUUGGAGGGAAAGUGCGUAUGCUGGCUACGUUGUCUGGACAGCAGGUAACUCCAGAUCCUUUUCCCUGCUGCUGCUGCUGCUGCCUCCCAAUGGUGACCAUCAACAGCAGCAGCCGGGCCUGGAUGAUGGCUGCUGUCCUGCAGCUCUCUGUGGUCCGCAGCAUCUUGUUCUUCGUGACUUUGGUGCUGUGGACAGAUGAACAGUAUGACUAUGGUGAUGUGGGUUCAGUUGACCCCAACCUGUAUGUGAACGGCAUCAUAGGUGUGUCAACUUUCGUGUCCUUUUAUGGCCACCUAUUGUUUUACAAAGCAACAAAGAGUGCGUUGCAUGGCUAUGGACUGAGAGCCAAGUUCAUCUGCAUCAUCCUGGUGCUGGUCCUGUGUGGCCUGCAGAGUGGCAUCUUAGAGACUAUGGGGGCUCUGGAGGUUAUCCCCUGCACACCACCUUUCUCUGUCUUGGCCCGGUCUCAGUUGAUCUACCACUACAGCGUGAUUGUGGAGAUGUUUUGCAUUGGCCUGUAUGCCCGCCACACAUUCCGUAAGGUGGAGCCGAGUGAAAUGGAGAUGGAGGAGCCGCUUGAUGUAUGGAGAAUGGAAAAGGCCAUCCAAACGGAAGAAAUUCAGGCAAUGCAUCAGAAGGCCAGCGUGCUAUCAGAGGAGGCUCGGCCUGGUGGAUGUCUCAUCAACGCCUCAUAUAGUCCCAGUUACAACAGUGACAGCGAAGACAGCCUGUGCAGGAUAGAGCAUGCACCUCUGGAUGGUUUCCACUUUCCUAAGGCCAAAGGUCAGCACUCAAGGAGUUCAGAGACAGUGGAGCCCAGGUGUGUGGAUGAGCCCGGUGUAGCUCUGACACACAUUACUGUCAGGGCUAAUGUAAAUGACCUGGAGUCAAAAGAUGUCACUGUGGUUUGA